AUGGGGCGGCAGCGGCGCCGAGAGAACCGGGCGGCCGGGGCCGGGACCCUGCCUGAAACGAUCGCUGCUCUGAGUCGAGCGCUGCCCGCCGGGCCCAACCCCGAGACCUUCCGUCGAGCCAAGUUCGACCGUCCGCAGGCGGUUCCCGCCUUCUGGCAGCUGCUCUCGAAACUGCUCUCUCCCGCGUCGACGGUGAAAGGCCAGGCGGCCUCGCGGCCUUUGGAGGCCCAAGUCCGCCUGGUGAAGUCCACACUGUGCUCCCAAGGUUACCCGCGGAGACGGGCGCUGGCGCAGCUCCCCGAGGAUGGCUCUCAGGGCAGCCGGGAACUGCUGCUGGCUCUGGCUUGGCUCCUGGCCCGCGGGCCCUUGCUCGAGCAGCUGCUGGAGUGUAGCCGCUUGCGGCUGGGCGAUGAGAUGUGUCUGUGCCAGUGUGAAGCCCUGGCCAGCCGUGGCUUACCUGCUGCCUGUGUGGACGCAGAUGGCCCUGUGGACAUCCGCCAGUUGCAGUGGCUGCUGGGAAAGCUGCGUUUCCGCUGGCGCAGCCUCUGGUCCCUGCAGCAGGAGCAGUAUGCCCUGAUGGCCAAGAUCCACUGGUACACUCGGGGCUGCCGGUGGGACCGGACCCAGGGUCACCUGUCUGUGGCAGAGACGGAAAUGCUCCGGGACCCCAGGCACGGCCAGCAGCUGCUGCAGAGUCUGGAACAGGAGAACGAGCGCCUGGAGGCUGCAGCCACAUGGAGACACAGCCAGCUUGUCUUCUGGCAAUGGGUGGAUGCUGUGCUAAGCACUUGCCCCGCGGAGCCCUCUCUACCCUCCUGGCCCACAGCGCUACCCAGGACCCCCUCUCGGGCCCUGGACGAGCUGGAGCUGCUGUUCUGGGAGCUUCAGGCCCUGCAUGAAGAGCUGCGGGAGGUGGUGCAGGCCCGGCGGGUAGCCUGGGAGGUAAGAAUAAGAGGUGCGGGGAAGGGCGAGGGGGCUGGGAAAUGGUGCAGGGCCCGACUAGCCUGGCAUCGCGUCUGGCAGGAGAACGUGGCCCAGGAGUUGGCAGCUCUGCGGCGAACCUGGGAGCAGGAUGGAGGCCCAGAGCCAUUCCACGGGUCCUACCGGCUCGUGAGGCAAGACGCGAAGGGGCCUGAGGACCUAGUCCUGCGGGCAACUGAAGCCAUCAGUGCCCUGAGCAGCCAGGAGGCCUUCCUGGAGGCGAUGCUGCAACAGCUGCAGGGCCAGUGUCAGCAGGAACUGGGCAGACUUGUUGGAGCCCAUCCAGGCCUCAUCUGGAUCCUGCCUCCCUGACGCUGAGCACCAAGGGCACGCCUGCCUUGGGGACCCUGAGCCCUGACAGGUGCACACUCUGGGCUGGAGCUGCCUCGCUGAGGUGGUCAUGGCCCCUGGUGGGGACUGUGGUGCUCAGCGUCUGCAGCAAACAUGGGCAAAAACGGUGGGGCUGGAGCCAUAGCACAGAGCCUUGCACCUGGCCCACCAGAGUUCAAUCUCCGGCAUCCCAUAGGGUCCCCCGAGCACUGCCAGGAGAAGUUCUUGAGUGCAGAGUCAA